AUGGAUAAUACUGAAAAAGAAUAGAAGAAGCAAGUGGUUUCUAAAAAAAGAAGCAGUAAAGAGAAAUCUAAUUGGCUCUUGUAUAAAUACUUUGUGCGUAAAGAUUUUGGAUAAUGCAUGGAACUUAUUGAAUAAUUAAACUUGCAAAAUAAUGGAACUCAUGAAUAUGCUAACUUUUUAAAAUCAUUAAUAUUAAGGAACUAAGGAGAGUUGAUUUAAUCAUUGGAACUUUAAAAAGAUUUACAUACAUACAAUGAAUAAAAUUAUGAUAUUCUCAAAUAAAUUAGUCGCUCAAUGUUUUUAGCUUAGAAAUUUAAGGCUAGUAUUGAAGUAGCCAAUCAUGCAAUUAAUAUUAAUUCCAGUGACUGGUAGCUUUAUUAUACUUAGGGCUAAUGUUUUGUCAAUUUAGGCGAUUACUAAUAAGCUUUAAAGUGUUUUUAGAAGGCCAACUAACUUUCGAAACAUGAAUCGACAUUCUUAGAAUUAGGAAAGUUGUACACUGAUUUAAAAGAACCUGAAAAAGCUAUUGAAAUUUACGAAGAAGCUUUAUAACAUUCUAAUGACAACUCAGAUAUCCUUGUCAUUUUGGGAGUUAUUUGCUUGAAAUAAUAAAAUGAAUAAAAGGCUUUCAAAUACCUUGGCCAGGCACUUUCUGUUAAUAACAAAGACUUAAAAGCAAUUUUAGCUGCAAGUUCUGUCAUGCAAGACAAACAAGAAUAUGAGUCUGCUUUGAUGAAAUACAAAAUAAUGGCUAAAUACAAUCCUAAUUCCCACUAGCUGUGGAAUAAUAUUGGCAUGUGCUUUUAUGGAAUGAAAAAAAACAUUUUCGCUAUAGCUUGUUUAAAAAAAGCUUUAUAUUUAAGUCCUUUUGAGUGGAUUACCUGCCUUAACUUAGGGUUAGUUUACAUGACUUCUUAACAAUAUGCAACAGCUUACUUUUUUUUCACUGUUUCUAUUAAUUUGAGACCUAAUUAUGCUAUUACUUACAUGCAUUUAGGUUAGUGCUUAAAUAGAUUAGAGGAUUUCCCUAAUGCAUGUUCAGCAUUCAGAAAAGCUAUUGAAAUAGAAAAGGAUUAUUUAAUUUAUUUAAAUUUUGCUAUCAUUCUUGCUUAAAGAGGUCCUUAGUACUUCCAUGAAGCCAAAGAAAAUGUUAAGCUAUUUGAAUAAAAAUUUUUAGAAAUGAGCGAAGACUCAAGAGUAAACAGAAGUGAUAUAUUAGAACAACGCCAGUAUUUAUCAAAUUUGCUUGGAUUAGGUCUUCCUCACAUUGAUUGA